UAUGCUCUACGUUUUACUUGUUUGGCAGAUUGGGGACCGAAGGUUGAUGUUGUUGUUUUUUGUUUUCUUGACCUUGCUUCAAAUUAUGAACCCCCGGAUUCACUUGCGGAGUGGCUUGAAGCUGGUGAACAGCCUGUCUAUAUUGUAUUUGAUAGCCUUGUGAUUGAAGAACCAGAGAAAAUGACCAAUAUUAUCCUUCAAGCUCUGGAAAUAACUAGACAGAGAGUCGUCAUCAACCGAGGCUGGGGUGGCCUUGGUAAUUUGGCAGAACCAAGUGAUUCUGUGUAUUUAGUGGACAAUUGCCCCCAUGAUUGGCUAUUCCAACGAUGCUUUGCUGUGGUGCAUCAUGGGGUUGCUGGGACAACUGCUGCUGGUUUGAAAGCUGCGUGUCCAACCACAAUUGUACCAUUCUUUGGGGACCAGCCAUUUUGGGGGGAGAGGGUGCAUGCCAGAGGAGUAGGUCCUGCACCCAUUCCAGCUGAUGAAUUCUCGCUUGAAAAGUUGGUCGAUGCCAUACGCUUCAUGUUAGAUCCAAAUAUAUUUACCAUUUUCUUUUUAAACUUCCAAGUUAAAGAGCGUGUUGUUGAAAUUGCCAAGGCCAUGGAUGGCGAAGAUGGGGUGACAGGAGCAGUGAAUGCCUUACAUAGGCACUUUCCUCACAAUAAAUUUGAGGAUAAACCCGAGUCAUUGCCAGCUAGAAGAGGCUUAUCCAUCAGGAGAUGUUUUGGCUACUCCUCCUACACACAGUGGUAG